UGGUGCAAAAUGGCAAAACUUUAGAGAGACCUGGAUGGCUUGUGCUUGCCGUCCUCCCCAUGGGGGCCAAAACAUUCAGGACAGGAACUGUUGACAAUUAAGUGAUGAAACUCUCCAAAAAAAUGGAGGCAGAGAAAGACUCUGGAAGAAGAUUGCGCUCUAUUGGUAGAAGGAGGUACGAUGAGAACGAGGACCUCUCCGACGUGGAGGAGAUUGUCAGCAUCAGGAGUUUUAAUUUGGAGGAGAAGUUAAAGAGUAAAAUGUAUCAUGGGGAUUUCGUGCAUGCCAUGGAAGGGAAAGAUUUCACUUUUGAGUACGUGCAAAGAGAAGCUCUCAGGAUUCCCCUUAUUUUCAGAAGUAAAGAUGGACUUGGAAUUAAAAUGCCUGACCCGGAUUUCACCGUCAGAGAUGUGAAGUUACUAGUGGGAAGCCGUCGGAUUGUGGAUGUAAUGGAUGUGAACACACAGAGAGGGGUUGAGAUGAGCAUGUCCCAGUUCGUGAGGUAUUAUGAAACACCAGAGGCCCAGCGUGAGAAGCUUUACAACGUCAUCAGUCUGGAGUUCAGUCACACCAAGUUGGAGAACAUUGUCAAGCGCCCCAAUGUGGUGGAUUUAGUCGACUGGGUGGAUAACAUGUGGCCGCAACAUUUGAAGGAGAGACAGACAGAUGCUACCAAUGCCAUUUCAGAGAUGAAAUACCCUAAAGUGAAAAAGUAUUGUUUGAUGAGCGUGAAAGGAUGCUUCACUGAUUUUCACAUUGAUUUUGGUGGCACUUCAGUGUGGUAUCACGUUUUCCGAGGAGGGAAGAUCUUCUGGCUGAUUCCGCCUACUCUGCAGAAUCUAGAACUUUAUGAAGAAUGGGUUCUCUCGGGAAAGCAAAGUGAUAUCUUUCUGGGAGACAGGGUGGAACGAUGCCAAAGAAUUGAGUUGAAACAAGGCUAUACAUUUUUUAUUCCUUCAGGGUGGAUACAUGCAGUUUAUACUCCAGUAGAUUCUCUGGUGUUUGGUGGAAAUAUCCUGCAUAGCUUUAAUGUUCCCAUGCAGCUUCGCAUCUAUGACAUUGAGGACAGAACAAGGGUGCAUGCCAAAUUCCGUUAUCCUUUCUACUAUGAAAUGUGCUGGUAUGUUCUGGAGAGAUACGUGUCCUGUGUGACCCAGCGCUGUCACCUCAGCAAAGAGUACCAGAAAGAAUCAAUGUUAAUUGAUGCAAAAAGAAAACGCAGCAUAGACAGCUUCUCAUCAGAUUCCUGGUUAGACAUGGAUGAAGAAUCUUGUGAUGCCCACCCCCGGGAGGAGAAGGAUGACAGCUUGGAUCAGAACCCCAAACCCGUGGGUGACGGCUCCUCCUCGCCCAACAGCACACACUCCGAGGGGAAGGAAGGGGCUGGGAGGAAGCAGAAAGCCACAGUAAUGCGGUACCUCAAAAGAACUUUGUCCAAUGAGUCAGAUGACAGCGUGAAGUCGACAACCCCCACGGACUAUCCCAAAACGCCCACAGGGUCACCAGCCACAGAAGUCUCCACCAAAUGGACUCACCUCACAGAGUUUGAAUUGAAGGGUUUGAAAGCCCUGGUUGAAAAGCUUGAAUCCCUCCCAGAGAACAAGAAGUGCGUUCCAGAAGGCAUUGAGGAUCCCCAGGCUCUGCUGGAGGAUAUGAAGACCAUUCUGAAGGAACAUGCAGAUGACGAUCAGAACCUUGCCAUUUCGGGGGUCCCCGUUGUAAGCUGGCCUAAGAAGACCACAAAGAACAGAGCAGUCGGACGGCCCAAAGGGAAGCUGGGCACUGCCUCUGCAGUGAAGCUCGCGGCGAAUCGGACGACGGCAGGAGCGCGCCGGAGGAGGACGCGAUGCCGCAAGUGCGAGGCGUGUCUGCGGACAGAGUGCGGCGAGUGUCACUUCUGCAAAGACAUGAAGAAGUUCGGGGGGCCUGGCAGGAUGAAGCAGUCCUGCAUCAUGAGGCAGUGCAUUGCACCGGUGCUGCCUCAUACUGCUGUGUGUCUGGUGUGCGGAGAAGCUGGGAAGGAGGACACGGUGGAAGAGGAGGAGAGCAAGUUUAAUCUCAUGCUAAUGGAGUGUUCUAUUUGUAAUGAAAUCAUACACCCAGGAUGCCUUAAGGUGAAGGAGUCGGACGGCGUGGUUAACGACGAGCUGCCCAACUGCUGGGAGUGCCCCAAGUGCAACCACGCAGGGAAAACUGGGAAACAAAAGCGCGGACCAGGAUUCAAAUACGCAUCCAAUCUCCCAGGCUCACUGCUGAAGGAACAGAAGAUAAACCGAGACAACAAGGAAGUUACGGAUGCUGCAAAGCGGAAAAGCGAAUGUGAAGAGACCCCCAGGCGGAAGUCAGAGGAACAUGCCAAGAAGUCUCCUGUUGACUCCAUCUCGAGGAGAAAGUCGGACGAGGUGCAUCUGCGAAGGAAAAGGAAAUUUGAGAAACCCCAAGAGCCUGCUAUGAGGAAACGGCUAAAACUUGGAAAAGAAGAGAAACUCUUCAGGAAAAAGACUCUUUCUUUUCAGAGGCGAUCGUGGAAGGCGACAGACGACCGACCCACUGUGGUCAAGCCCCUGCGACGUCUGAAACAGGAGCCUGAGGAGGACCUGCCAGAGGCACCUCCGAAAUCCAAGGAGAGUGACCAGUCGCGAUCAAGCUCCCCCACCGCGGGGCCCAGCACGGAGAGCGCCGAGCCCAGGGACAAGAAGAAGUUCAAGAUACGGCGGAAAAGGCGGCUCCCGAAUAAGGAACUGAGCAAAGAGCUCAGCAAGGAGCUCAACCAGGAGAUCCAAAAAACCGAGAACAGCCUUGCCAACGAGAACCAUCAGCCCAUCAAGUCAGAACCGGAGAGCGAGAACGAGGAGCCCAAGCGGGCGCUGAACAACAGCGAGAGACACCACAAGUUCAGCAAAGGGCUGAACGGGACUCCUAGGGAGCUGCGGCACCAGCUCAUGCCCAGCCUGCGGAGCAACCUGCGGGGCAUUGCCCGCCCGCCCCCUUCGCUCUCUCCUCCCAAGUGCAUCCAGAUGGAACGCCAUGUCAUCCGCCCACCCCCCAUCAGCCCCCCUCCGGACUCACUGCCCUUGGACGAUGGGGCAGCCCACGUGAUGCAGAGGGAAGUCUGGAUGGCUGUCUUUGGCUACCUCAGUCAUAGAGACUUGUGCAUCUGUAUGCGAGUGUGCAAGACCUGGAACAGAUGGUGCUGCGAUAAACGACUAUGGACCAAAAUAGAUCUGAACCAUUGUAAAUCCAUAACUCCGCUCAUGCUCAGUGGUAUCAUCAGGAGACAGCCUGUAACCCUUGACCUUAGCUGGACAAACAUAUCCAAAAAGCAGCUGAGCUGGCUCAUCAAUAGGCUCCCAGGUCUGCGAGACCUGCUGUUAUCAGGGUGCUCAUGGAUAGCAGUGUCAGCACUUUGUAGUUCCAGUUGCCCUUUGCUCCGAACCCUGGACGUCCAGUGGGCAGAAGGAUUAAAAGACGCACAAAUGAGAGACCUCUUGUCACCGCCAACAGAUAACCGGCCAGGUCAGAUCGACAACCGGAGUAAACUGCGGAACAUAGUUGAGCUGCGUUUGGCUGGUCUGGAUAUUACAGACGCUUCUUUGAGGUUGAUCAUAAGGCACAUGCCCCUGCUUUCCAAACUCAAUCUUAGUUACUGUAACCACGUGACCGAUCAGUCGAUCAAUCUGUUGACUGCGGUAGGAACCACCACGCGGGAUUCCUUAACAGAAAUCAACUUAUCAGACUGCAAUAAGGUUACUGACCAGUGCCUGUCUUACUUUAAACGCUGCGGAAACAUCUGUCAGAUCGACUUGAGGUACUGCAAGCAAGUGACAAAGGAAGGCUGUGAGCAGUUCAUAGCGGAAAUGUCAGUAAGUGUUCAGUUCGGUCAGGUGGAAGAGAAACUUCUGCAGAAACUGAGUUAGUUAAAGGACAAGUGUGUAAAUAUUGGGGCAAGGGGCGGGAAAGGGACUAACAACCUGCAGGAUUUUAUUUUCAAUUGGAAACUUGGAAUAUAUCAAAGAUUGGAUUUUACAAGUCCUGUCAAGGAGAGAACAACAUUUAAACUACCCACAUAAGAAUUUCAACCUGUGCCACUAAGUCAGUCUACCUGGGAUGUCCUGCACUGGCUCUUAUGCAAAUCCAUAAGGCGACUGUUAUUGAUGAUAGAUGCUCACACCCGGAAGAAGACUGAUCAUGAAGAAAUACUGUUAUUUAAAGUACCACAGCAUGUGCUUGGUAGUGUAAAUUUAAUUUCCGCUCCUCAUUUCUUAAAAACAAAAAAAGUUGGUGUCAUUGAAGUGGACCAUGCACUGCAUUUCUGCCUUCUUAACACGUUUUGUUUUGUUACAUCUGACAUUAUGCAGAACUAUUUUUGUACAAAAUUGUUUAAAAAUUAUUUAUGCAAUGUUUGAAUGCAUUACCAGUGUUUUGGUUUCGAUUGCCAAUUUUUAUCUUUACUUAUGGUAGGAGAGAACUUAACCUAUACUUCGUAGACAAUAUCCAUCUCUACAAAAUGUGCCCAGGUCAGGAAAAGUAGGUUAAUACUUUCAACUUAAGCAUGUUUUAAUGGAAGUUUAUAUCCUGCUUUGUAUACUUCAGAAGUGACAUAAGCAUGUUGUGGAAAUAAGGUGUAAAUUAUAGUUGAAGUAAGACACUUUGCCAAGUUUUAUCUGUAUAGAAAUCACCUUUUUCUCAAAAUUUUAAAGAUUCCAAUUUCAGCUUUUGCACAUAGGAGGGUUUCACUCUGUAGCAUGAGCUCUUGUACUCAAUAUGAAAUUUAAUUUAUACAGUGAGUCAAGCAGUAGAAUAAAUGGUCAAGCGUAGUCUUUUUCUCUUUCUUUGAAGUGUGAGUUGAGUUCUCAUUUAAGGUUUAUGACAUGGUUAUUUCCUGAUUGUAAAAUUCUGCAUUCAUAAGUGCCAUUGUUGUAAGGUGGUGUUUUCGUAGACCUUCCUGAUGCAGUUUUACCUUUGUUGAAUUUGUAUAAACAAUUGUACAAAACCAGACAAAGCCUAUGAGGGUUUCUGUUCAAGCACAAAUUGAUGAAAAUCAUGUUUUUGUUUGCAGAGUCAAAAGUAUUAACAGUGCAGUUAUCUGAAGAGUGACUUUAUUAAAACUGAUUAUACCACUUUUUACACACCAGCUCUGGUCCCUGCGUGCUGCUGUCAUGUCUGCUGCCUUUGGAGACAGAAGGUCAACAUCAGAACCUGAGAUUCUGGGCAUCCACGAUUAACACGGACAGCGAAAACCGGGAAUGGAAGGUAUGGCUCGCACUUAACGCUGCCCUUUUUCCUGUGGUGACGUUGCAAUAAGCAAUCCAGGGAAUGCAGUUAAAUUACAAAUUUCCCUUAGGCGUUAAGAAGUUAUCAGUUGACGACACAAAAGUUAAACUGUUUAUCCAGUUCCAAAGCAAGUUUAGCAAAACUGACCCAAAGCAAUUUUUCCAUAGAUUACAAGUGCCAGAAAGGACUACUGUGACCUAAACUUCAAUGAACUGAUCGGUUUGAACGAUCACUAACCUCUAGGAAAAAAUAUAAAAGGCUUGAUUAAAAAACAAAACACGCAGCCUGAACACAAGCAAAAAUACACGUUUCUAGCAUCGAGAAGCCUCCCAACUAAACUGUAUACAAGAAAGCUAACGCAGUAAACGGAGCUCCCUGCCCCUGCUUUAAAUGCCAUUAGACCCUCAUGUUAAGGAGGGUGAAUUUUUGAGAGAAGGAAUCACCGACAAGUUUUGGUAACUACACUCUACGCAAAAAAAAGACAAAUGAGGAAGAACACAGAGCAAUCUGUUGUUAGCUUAGGAUAGCAGUGUCUUGCUAGGGCAAGUAUCACCCUCCCACCAGGCCGCUGCAACGGCGGGCAAGAGAGAACGAGGAAAUAAACGGGGCGACGGCAGCAGCGUUUAGGCUGCCACGUGCUUUUAAAACCGUUACUCCAAUACGCUGUAAUAACUUUUGGCGUGCCGUUACUGACGCUGCGUAAAGAGCAGCUCGAGGAGGCACGUCUUCUACACCAGGUUACCCCGAUCGCACCAGCGAGCAUUUCAGGGGGGAAAAAAAAUAUCGAUUAGAUUUCACUGGAGUCCUCGCGCGGCCCUUUCCGAUGGGAAGGCCGAGACAUCCUUUUAAUAAACUCUGCGCUUAGGUAAGCCGAGCCAUCCCGUUCCACGCGGAGAAUUGGUUCUUGGCCCAGAAUCGAUGUCACGCAACAGGCGGCCGAGGCAGGCACGGCGCAUCCGACUCUUUCUCCCGCCGUGGUAACAAGCGAGCUCCUGCCCCUGGGGGCCGUGGCAGGGCCAUCCCCUCCCGCUCCUGGGGAGGGUGCGGGCGCACCUGGCUCCCCUGCGCGGCCUGACUGGAGCGCCCAACGCAGCUGCCCCCCAGCUACCCAGAAGCCUUUGCGGCACCUCAAGCCUCCCAUAGGCCUUUGCGGUGUGCCUCCGGUUACCCAGAAGCCUUUGCCGAGCACCUCAGGCCUCCCAUUGGCCUUUGCGGCGCGCCUCAGGCCACCUCCUGCGCACUAGUCAGGCCGGGCCAGCGAGCGGGGCGCUGGCCGCGCCCACCCCAACCGCCACCGCCCUCGCCCGGUCGUGGCGCCCUGCCGGCCGCGCGUGAACGGGCGCCGCCCCGCCGCGAGUCACCUUCAUUGCCGCCGCCGUCGCCUCCGCACCCGGCGACGCCCCCGCGCCUCGGCCCCCCGCCCUGUCCGCCCCUCCAACGGGCCGCCUCACGGAGGGCGGGACCUGCCGCCUCCCCGCCCCUCGACCAAUGGCGACGAGCGCUUCCACCCCGCGGAGUUCACAAGGCGUUGAGCUGUAGCAGCCUUCAGCAACACUGCAGCGCCAGCAGAGACCGGCCGCCUGUCUCGAAUCCUGAAAAGUGCAUAUUUUGCGAGGGGCAGUUUAUGCAUUUUAUAUCCCAGCAUUAUGGGAUGGCAGACAGGUGUACAGCUGCACGCGAGUAAGCUGGGAAAAAGGCGGGGCUCCAUGCUCUCCUGCACUGUUACAGCUAAUAAGAUUAAUGAGUUGCACUCCCUAGCCUGGCAGAUGAGGCUCUUCUGCUAUUUCUGUUCGUUCACAAUCCUAAUGAAAUGAUGUCAAUGCUCUUAGGUUGCUGGGCAGAAAAAAAAAACCCACCACCGAAGAAUGAAAAUAAGCAAGGAAAAUAUUACUUUUCUCCCUUCACUCAACACUCAGAUUGCUUUUUGCACAGAUGAAUUAAAAAGAGGCUAUUUCACAGAA